AUGGGGAAGAACACCGAGGGCGAGAAGGUCGUCGAGGCCGGCGCGCGCUCGGUCGCGCGCAGGCCGCUCCCGCCGCCGACGACGACCGAGGGCAUCUCGCAGAUUUUGUUCUAUCAGUACGUCGAGCCCGUGUGGAGCGCGCGGCGACAGAAGCAAGCGCUCGCGGAGUUCCACAGGCUCGCGAAGCUGCACGACGUCACCGGCCGCGGGAGGAUCGCGCUCGAGGGCGUGAACUGCACGCUCACCGCGUCCGCGGAGGGCGCGCGCGCGUUCUGCGAGGGGCUUCGCGCGUGGGAUCCGGAGCUCUUCAACGACACGGACUUCAAGCUCACGGACGGCGUCCCGAGAGAGACGAAGUUCAAGGCGCUGACGCUCAAGUCCACGCAAGAGCUCGUGGCGUACGGCCUCGGCGGCGAGCGCGCGCCGUUGCUGAGACAAAACACCGCGAAGCACGUGGAGGCGGACGAGUAUCACGCGAUGCUGGCGCGAAAAGACACCGUGGUGAUUGACGUGCGGAACUAUUACGAGACGAACAUCGGACGCAUCGAGCCCCCGCCGGGGGGCGCGGAGUUCCUAGACCCGAUGAUGCGAAACUCGCGCGAGUUCCCCAAGUGGCUGAACGCCCCGGAGACGAAGGAGAAGCUGCGGGGGAAGAAGGUGAUGAUGUACUGCACCGGGGGCAUUCGAUGCGAACGCGCGACGGCGUUGUUGUCGCAGAUGGAACGCGCGGAGGGCGACGUCGAGACGCAAGGCAUCUAUCACGUCCGCGGCGGGAUCGAUCGGUACCUGAAGACGUUCCCGGAGGGCGGGUACUGGAGAGGGCGGAACUACCUGUUCGACCUGCGCGGGGAGCAAAAGCCGGAGGACAAGUCGGAGACGCAGGUGUCUCGAGAGACCAAGUCGGCGUGCUGCGUCUGCAAGUCGCCGUUCGACUUGUACAAGGGCAAGCACGCGUGCUCGAACAAGGAGUGCAAGGUCCCGGUGAUCGUGUGCGACGGGUGCAGGAAACGCGCGGAAGGGGAGCUGAAGGCGUCGCUCCUCUGCCCGCUGUGCGAGAGAGGCCACGAGCUGAGGGAUCUGCCGCUGCCGGAUUUGGUCGGGCAGAAGAGAAAGCUCGCGUUGGCUGGCAACGCGUUCGGCGUCGACGCGGGGUCAAAAAAACCGAAAAAAACGCACGAGCCGUCCAAGUUUGUCCACGUGGCGCGUUUACCGUUGAUCGUCACCGCGACGGACGUCCGCCUCGCGCUCGCGGGCGUAGACACGACCGCGAGAGGCCACUCGCGGCUCGUGAGCGCGACCGAGGGCGGGUCGCGAGUCGAGUGGAUCGCGGACCGAGACACCGGGUUUUUUUACGGCGCCGCGUUCGUCGAGUUUCCGACGACGGCGGACGCGGAGAGGGCGGUGGAGCGCGCGACGACGGCGCCGCCGAAGGUUGGCGGGGGGAAGCGACGCGCGAGGGUGAACUUCGCGCCUGCGCGGGGGAAGGACGCCGCGAGGGCGGGGCACGAGGGCGAGCGACCGCCCGUGCCGGCGACGCCGGGUAGGUAG